UGUGCUGCGGGGCGAAGGCUUACUGAGCACAACGCUUGCGUCGCCUUAUUCAACGCCGACGUCUUGAUCUGCGCGGGCUUCUCAUCCGACUGCGCUUCAUGAGUCUUGACGAGCGCACCUUCAACGCGCAGUCCCUCGUACUCCUUCUGUUCAUUCCUCGAUACUCAUCUUCGCCAUUCCGCGAUACGUGCUCUCCCUGCUCUGCCUACCUUGGCAUUCGGACUACGAACCUCGCCCUUUCCUUGUCUGGAUUAUCGUAUCCAUGCCUCGACCACGACCUCCUCUCGCCCUCAACAAGAAUCCUGUCUUCACCGCGAAUUUCUGCGGACUUCAGCGUCACUUUCUCCGUCAUCCCAUGCUCCGAGCCCGACCAUCCUUAUCCCGCAGCAUCCCGGGCGGCCUCUGAAGCGCUUCGUAAUCGUAUCGUUUCACAGCCUGAUCUGCCCCUCCCCCUCAAACAGCUGACGAUCGUCCUCUGCGGAGGAGGCGUGGCGCUUGCGGGGAAGAUAUGGUGCUACGCGUACGCAAGAUCUUGUCGCGCAUUGCACGCGCUCGAAGGCUGCGCUCGUGUCGGGAAGGCUGCGCUCAAGUCGGCGCAGCGCCUCUGAGCCCCGUGGUCGUCGUGCAGCACCCACAUCGCGCUCCGAACACCUCGGCGGAGCGCUGAUUAGCUGUAUUGUGUACGGCCUU